AGCGAAAUGUUUGAUGUUUCUUAUGUCAGUGCACUGCUGGUUGCUUCACUUGGUUCUGUUCGGCGGAGGAUUAAAUUGAGUAGAAAAUGGAUCUAUACGAUGAUCUGGAUACAAAGCAACGUGUUGGCCAGAUUGAUGGCUGGUCGUCCGGGAUUAAGAUGCUUCAAACACAAUUAGCAGCAAAGAAAGCAACAGUACCACCAGUACGCCGUGACCCACCGAAGAAGCAGACUAUUCUAGCACCUGUUUUCAACCUCACAGCUAGGAGAGAAACGGAUGAAAGUGAAAUCCCUAUUCCGGCGCUCAAGUCAAAACUACAAACGACUACAGUUGCAGAGCCACUUCAACCGAAAACCGUAUCUCGACCGGCUGAUUAUGAUUGGGAUUUCAUUGAUGAAUACGAUCCCAUGUGGCCGAAUGAAUAUGAGAAACUGAUCAAGGAUAAGCGCGAAAGUGAUAAACGUGACCUGCGUGGGAACGACCGUGACCGGAAACGGGGCAGAAAUUCACGGUUUGGUGGUGCCGGCGGACGGGAUGAUUCACCACCGGCCAAAUCAGGAUUUGCCAGCCGUGUCAGCGAGGAAGAUUCCUAUAACCGAUCUCCACCUUCAACUAACUCCUCGAGGGCAGGUGGUGCAGCAAUUGCUCCGCCGCCAUCUUUGCAAGAAGGUGGUGGUUCCGCGAACAAUGAAAAUUCUAGUGUUGUUACGAUUCCGUAUGGUGCCAAUUCAGUGGCUGCAAAAAUUAUGGCAAAGUACGGCUUCAAAGAUGGACAGGGUCUUGGCAAGCAGGAACAGGGAAUGUCAAUGGCAUUACAAGUAGAGAAAACAUCCAAACGAGGUGGAAGAAUAAUUCAUGAAAAGGAAUUGAUUAUGCCUCCGCCAGCGAUUCCAAGCCCGCCUAUACAGUCAACAGCACCCAUUGAGGCACAACCAAAGAGUGAACCCACCAUCACAGAAAUUAUGAAAUCACCAAGUAAAGUCGUCCUGCUAAGGAAUAUGGUUGGCCCAGGUGAUGUGGACAGCGAGCUCGAACCAGAAGUCAAGGACGAAUGUAAUACGAAAUACGGAGAAGUGGUGACUGUGGUUAUUCACGAACUUCUGGGCGUUGUGGCUGAAGAAGCUGUUCGAAUAUUCGUCGAAUUUAAAAGAAUUGAGAGCGCAAUAAAAGCUGUGGUUGAUUUGAAUGGAAGGUUUUUCGGUGGGCGGCAAGUUCGGGCCGGUUUUUAUAAUUACGAUAAAUUUAGAAGUGAGGAAUUGAACGAUUAAUUAUUUUAGUUUAGAUGUACAUUACUUAUGGUAUCAAUAAAUUGUGUCGCCUUUAUU